UGCGUGGCCGAGAGCAGCCCACAACGCCGCCGCAAGCGAAGGGACUCAUUCCAGCGCUGGUGGUCGACGCCGCCUGCCCCCACAUGCACUCCUCUCUCCACGCCUCCCCGCUCCCCUCUCGCCCCCGUCGCCCACCGACCGGGCUGUAAGCCGUCGCCGAGCUCGGUGGCAUUCGCGCCAUGUGGCGGCUGGGCGGUCGCCGGAUCCGCACGCCGCGUAGGCCGGCGGUGGGGCUCAGGCCCGCUUCCACGGCGGCUGCGGCCGCGGCGGUUUCUUCGUGCAGGGCCGUGGUCUUGCCGCGGUUCGGCGGGCCCGAGGUCCUCGAGGUACGUCCGGCCGUCAGCGUCCCCGAUCUGAAGCCGCGCGACGUGCUCGUCCGUGCCCGCGCCGUCUCCAUCAAUCCCCUGGAUUUGCGGAUGCGAUCCGGUUAUGGCCGUUCUAUUUUCGGGCCACUCUUGCCACUGAUUCUUGGCCGUGAUGUUAGCGGUGAGGUUGCAGCUGCUGGGGCCUCGGUUUCUUCACUUGUUGUUGGUCAAGAAGUUUUCGGUGCGCUGCAUCCGACCGCUGUUAGAGGUACUUAUGCAGAUUAUGUCGUUCUCUCGGAAGAUGAGCUGACGCCUAAACCGCCUUCAGUAACACAUGUGGAGGCAAGUGCUAUCCCAUUUGCUGCCUUGACAGCAUGGCGUGCUUUAAAAAGUACGGCUCAAAUAACUAAUGGUCAAAGAUUGUUAGUACUAGGUGGGGGAGGAGCUGUUGGACUUGCUGCAAUUCAGCUUGCUGUUGCUGCAGGGUGCAGUGUAUCAGCUACAUGUGGAAGCCAAAGUAUUGAACGAGUUUUGGCAGUUGGUGCUGAACAAGCCAUUGAUUAUACUGCUGAGGACAUAGAGGUUGCAAUUAAAGGACAAUUUGAUGCUGUUCUUGACACUAUAGGCAUACCUGAAACUGAGAGAACUGGCAUCAAUCUUCUGAAGAAAGGUGGACACUAUAUGACGCUACAGGGAGAAACAGCUUCUUUAGCUGAUAACUACGGGUUAGUGAUUGGUAUUCCUGCUGCCACAGCUAUUUUGCUAAAGAAGCAACUUCAGUAUCGAUAUUCUCAUGGAAUAGAAUACUGGUGGACAUACAUGAGGGCUGAUGCUGAGGGUUUAGACGAGAUCCGCAGGCUAUCAGGAGCUGGGAAGCUGAAGAUACCGGUGGAGAAGACAUUUUCCAUUGCCGAAGUUAGAAAAGCUCAUGAGAUGAAGGAUAAAAGAAUUAUACCUGGCAAGGUGGUUUUGGAAGUCAACUGAACCCCCCCUUCCGGGUGACGCGUCUCUGCACCGAAUAAAUCCUCCGGUGCUUGUGCCUUUCUUUCUCUACUUAUUUUUUUCGAGUAGUAAUAGGUAAAAAGAAUUUGUAACAUCUCUAAAUAUCGCAAGACGCAUGCAACCAUUAUUUGUAAAACAUAGAAUGUUAAUUCAUUCUCAGCUUGGUGUUAGAAACUGUUACGUUCUCAAUGAAGCUAAUUGGGAGCAGCA